GGAAAGGGUCGGGACUUCCAGGGACGCCGUCCUGGAAAAAUCAGGACGUCGCAUGUCUGGGAAGAAACAGGGGUCAAUGCAAAGGGGGGUCAUCCAGAACGCCGGAUCUUGCUGGAUCCUGCAGGGCCAGGGUUGCAUUGACCCGGGUUUGGGUGCAGCAUCUUGCAGGAUCCUUCGCAUUGACCCGGGUUUGGGUGCUAGUUCUUACAGGAUCUUGCCACUCCGGGUCAAGCCGUUUUUGUUCAGGGCCACGUUUUCGUUGAAGCUUACUUGCUCGACGCAUGUUUCAUUUUAGAUCUCCUGAUUUACCUCCUUUCGCUCGCGGGCUUGUUGACUACCGUUGGCGCGCAAGAGGCAUCGGGUUACCAAGAGGUCACGCCAAAUCCAGACGGCGGAGUGAAUCCGAGGUGCCAUGAGUUAGAGCCAGAAGGCGCGUGGAAAGAUGUAACAGAGGCCCAAUGCAAGAAGUAUGCCGCGAUUCAGGGUGGCCAGUUUGCAAGUAAACCAGCUGGUAACGCACCGUGGGGGUGCUCCAGGGGCGACUGGGAUACUAAAACGUACGAAUAUGUACAGCCUGGAGACACGAACUAUCGGGAGGAAAACUCUGAGUACCACCUCGUCUGCAUCAAUUCCUCGUACACUGUCACUUGCCAGGGCAUGACCUGCCUUGAGAUGUUCAGGCGUUACUGCGAGGAGAACAAGGCAGGCUUCGGCUCCAACAGUAACGCGGCGGCGUCCGCGAAUUCUCCGAAGGACAUCCUCGUUGCCGAGUGCCCCGACUGCGAUGGCGCCGCCAGCACGGACAUUUGCCCAACGAAGCUUCGCUUGGACGAUGCCGGCGAGGAGGCGGAGCUGACCCCGAGGCUCGACAGGACGUCCGUGGCGGUGUCGGUCCCGCUCGGGUUGGUGUCCGCUCUCGUCGCUGUGGGUGCGCUCGUCCGCGUCUCCCGCAGCCGCACGUCCAGUCGGCCAGCGCCCGUGGAGGACGAGCAAGAUUUGCUGCGCAAGUGAACGAGCACGCCUGUGGCAGCAGCUCCGGGCCAGAGGAGACAGGGCUUGCCGAGUCCCGCAUGCUUUUCUGAGAUGCCUCCCCGCCUGACGUGCGCAAUCGCUUUGCGCCAGCUCAGCGAUCAAAGUUGCGUGCCUCUCUCUCUCCCUCUCUCUCGCGCGGUCUCUCAUACGAACAACCGUACAUCCUGCUGACCCCCCUUCCCCCCGACGCCCCUAUAGCCCUGCAUCUGUACAGGGUAUCUGAUCUGCACUGAUCCGCUCGGCGCGCAGGAAGGAGACCAACCUCCUGCAGGCUCACGGGAACUUCGUGGUUUCCCUCACUUCGAUUUGAGUUUGAAGUUUCGCUCGACGCGAGUCGCGAGAAAGCUUCGCUCCGUUUUUAUGUCUGUCCAAUAAGACAAAAAAAGUUCGUACAGGAUCUUGCAGGAUCCUGCAGGGCCUGACCGACCCGGGUCUGGAUUGACUCGGGCCCGCAGAUCCCCG